UAUUUUCCACUUCUCUUUUUAUUUUUGAAUCAAUGCUUCUAUUUCUCAUACUAAAAACUCUAACCGUUCCUGUAAGAAAAAAAGCUGAAACUAAAGAGAAGCUCUUCUCGGCUGCGGCUGCGGCUGGUGAGCGAAUUAUUCCGAGUUCUAGUACAGAAAUGUCGAAAUCUCAUAUUUCAAAUACACUUUCCCAUGGCUUGCAGCAGGAAGGAGGCAAGAAUGUUCAGAUUGGGAGAUCCCAAAAUGUGCUAAGCACAAAUUUGACAAAAGGGGUUUAUAUUAAUACCUUGGAUGAAUUCAAACAUGGGUUCCCAUCUGAGGGCUUAUCAACUGUGUCAUAUAAAUGGUGGGGAAGCAGCAAUCCUGAUGGAUACGAAUCCAUUUCCAAGGAUGGAGCUGAAUCUUGUGAAGUCGCCAAAACUCAAUCCAUUGAAUCAGCAGAUGAUGGUGCCUGUUCAGUAUCAAUGAAUGAAGAGAAAGGUGAAAAUGAAGAGGAGAAAAUCAACGGUCCUCAAGGUCAAGGGAUAGGUUUGCUAAUGGCUGUGAGAAAAAGGGUUGUGGAAGAAGGGAGAGAAGCACUCAAGCUUGGCGUUAGGCGCUAUGGUGCACACAAGUUGGGAAAGAGAGAAAAAACUUUGCUUUACCGGAUAUUCAAAUCAUCCACCUUGCAAGAAUUGAUGAGUGGAACCUCUUGAAUUCAAUGGCACAUGGCUGUUAGUGCUUGAUGGAGCUAGAUUCUAAUUGAUUGAUUUGUUGAAUUCUAUAAAGUCCAAAUGUUUAGUACUGACAUUAGUAUGCAUGUUUUGUUCAGAAUAUACUUUACAGUAAUCCUAGAAUCGAGCAGAUGCUGCUGUUGAAUCUUGCUUGGUGGCUUUAUCAAUAUGGGAUUGGUAAUGUAGCUUUAGGUAAUUAAGUAUAUGUUCAACUCAGUUUUGCCUCAUCCUAUUCUACUCUUUUAACUUUUACAAGCUGAAAUUCACAAAUCUGUAAUGAAUGGUGGAUAUAUUGUAGGUUAAAGUCUUAGAAUUGACUUUGUAUA